CUGCAAGUUCGCGCUCGCCCUCCCUUGCUGCUCGAAACCCACUGCACCCAAACAUGGCUGACCCACGCAUAGCUUUCAAGGCCGGCCGACUGUUCAGGCGCGGGAACACCAACUUUAUUGACGCAGAACCGACGAAGGGCGCGAUCAUAUUGCAGAAUGGCGAGGACGGCUUGCUGCACUUUAUGUGGAAGGGUAGGUCGACGAAUAAUGUUGAGGAGGACUUGAUACUGUUCCCCGGUGAAGCGACUAUGGUGAAGGUAGACCAGUCUGCAUGGGGAAGGACGUAUGUCCUCAAGUUCUCGUCCUCAAACCAGAGACACUUCUUCUGGAUGCAGGACGCAGACUCGAGCAGAGAUGCCGAGUUCGUGAGCAACGUCAACCGACUCCUGACCGACCCGCAGAUGGUCCCCAUCUGGUCCGCUCCAGGCGCAGGCUCUGAACCAUCGACUUCUUCCGCGCCUGUGGCUGGUCCGUCACAGGCCGCCUCGACGUCCCAACCCGGCGUGCAGGCGACGCCAGAGCAGCUUGCACAAAUGCAGCAAAUCCUCGCGUCAUUCGCACAGGGCUCGCAGCAACAACAGCAACCAGAGGUCUCCCUCGUCGACAUCCUCACUCCCGCUAACCUCACUCCGCUCUUCAGCUCGCACCCCGAGCUCAUCCAGGCGCUCUUCCCGUACCUCCCGCCGGACCUGCCGACGCCGCCCAACGAGGAGACACUCCGGCAGAUCAUCGCGUCACCGCAGUUCCGGGGCGCCGUGCGCAGUUUCGACCAGGCAUUAAGGACGGGGCUGCUCGGCGGGCUGGUGCGGGGACUCGGUCUUCCGGAAGAAGCGGGCACGGGGGUCGAGGCAUUCUUGAGGGCUAUUCAGGAGCAGGCGAGAGGGGAGGAGGGCGAUCGGAUGGAUACGGAUUAG